GAAAUAAAGGCAAAAUCACACAAAAAUGGGAGAUGCUGUAUUGUUUGUUGAUGAUUUGCAGGCUAGCUGUGCAAUGCUGUGUUUUUUGUUGUUUUAAAUAAUUUAAUUUAAAUAAGGGUAGUUUUGGGAUUUGAAGCCCAAUUCCUUGUUUAAAGUCGAUGGAGGCCAGGAAGACAGAGAGGGGAAAAAAACAAGAAGUUCCGAAAAACAGAGAGGAAACCAGAGAGAAUUUUUUUAAAAAUAAAAAAAUAAAAAAAACUAGAAAGGAAGAAGGAAAGAAGAAAGGAAAUAAAGGGAAACUUACACAAAAAUGGGAGAUAUUGUACUGUUUGUGGAUGGUUUGCGAACUAGUUGUGCAAUACCACACUGUAGAAUUUGCCAUGAAGCAGAAUUUGAAAGCUGUAAAAGCUUGGAAGCUCCUUGUGCUUGCUCUGGAACUGUCAAGUUUGCACAUAGAGAGUGCAUACAGAGAUGGUGUCACGAGAAGGGAAACACAAAUUGUGAAAUAUGUCUCCAGAAUUAUGAACCAGGAUACACAGCACCUUCAAAAAAGUGUGAGCUGAUUGAGGCAAUGACGAUUAGAGAUAGUUUGGAAAUUCCAAGAAGAGAACAUGAUCCGGAAAACCAAGAAAUGGAAGCCACAUCUGAAAGAACAACAGCUGACUCUCGGUCUUCUUGCUUCUGGUAUUUGGCUAUAACAAUUACAGCCCUUGUACUUUCGAGACAUCUUUUCGCUGCAAUCACCGGCGGAACAGAGGACUACCCAUUUACACUUGCUACUAUGCUUGUCUUGAGAGCUUGUGGAAUUCUAUUCCCAAUGUAUGUUGUUUUUCGGACACUUGCAGCAAUUCAUAAGAGCAUUCGGUAUCAAUAUCAGGAUUCUGACGAUGAUGACGACGACGAAGAAGAUUACAACUCAAACUAUGACGGUGAUGAGCAACAGCAUUUAGUAUAGGCAUGCUCCUAAUAAAUUUUAUGAUUUCUCUUUUUUUUUGUAUGUGAGCAUUCCGUCAGUGCUCGUCAUGUCAUUAUUCUUCCCCAUUUUCAGGGUAAAAGCGAAGAAUUGAGGUUUUAGAA